AUGGAAACUGACGCGGAGCCAACGCGGCCGAGCGAGGAGGAACCCUUGCCGACGAUCGAGACGCUCUCUAUCUGCACCGAGGACGCGCCGACGUCAGAGCCACGUACCGAGAGUAGCGACAACAACGACGCAGGUCCCUUGUUAUACGACCCCAAGGACCACCCGAUCGUCGAGGCUAUGCUGGGCACCGUCGCCAAGGACGUCGACAACUUUUACCUCUCGCUCGACGACCUCAACGUUGGCGUCGUUCGGCACGUGGCGUCGGCGCUCUCGGCCCUCGCCGCGGGCGUGCCGGUCACGUCCGUGCGCAGCAUGCGUCUUCUGAGCUGCGUCUUGGGCCUUGAGACGAUCGGCGCGUGGAUCCCGCGCUACGGCGUCGACUGCCUCCGCCCGCUCCUCAAGGCGUCCAUUCGACGGCAGCGACACUCGCUCACGGACGCACCGACGCAGCUCGCGCUCAUUCUGACGACCUUCAACAUGACCUCGGCGGUGCUGAGCGUACGCGACGCGCUGCCUCGUCCAACGUCUCCUUCUUCCGCGCCUAUCUCGUCACCGUCACUGCUAAGCUCGCCCAAGAAGCGGCGGCGACCGCCCACUGCCUCGUCGCCGCGGCAGCCGCGCGUGCCCCAAGAAGGCCUCCACGUGCUCCUCGCCGAGGUCAUGCACAAGUACCAGCACCGAGCUCUCUCACGCAAGCCGCAGUUUAGCGUUGCUAAAGGAUCGACGAACGCAGCGACGGCCGCGUCUCGGCGGCAGCGGUCGCUCUCGUACGGCAACACAAAAGGCAAAGUCGCGGCUGCUUCCACUGCAUCCUAA